AUGUUUGAAUGUGUUACCUCAUUGAGUACUUCCUUCCUCCAUGAUGGGGGAAUAUUCCUGUCUCUCUACCAGCUGACCCUUCAGAAGCAGGCGUUGGAGAGGGAUACAGACGCUUUGAAAGAGAAAGUCAAAUGGACUGAGGGUGAACUGAAGAAGAGCCAGAAGAAAGAGGCCCAAACACAAACCAAACUAACGGAGUCACUGUGUGAGAGGGAGGGGCUGAAUGUAACACUGGAGCAGAACAGGAGGAGAGAGACAGGACUGGAGGAGGAGGUGAAGAAGCUGGCUGAGGAGCUGGCAGAGGCCGACAGAUGCAUCAAAGAACUAGAAGACCAGAAGACAGUCCAACCCACUGCUGCUCCAAUGGCUCCAGUCCCGUUUAGCCCUGCCGGACAGAGCUUUGCCCCGGUCUCACAACCACGACAUGGCCACACCACCCCACGCACACCCUCGGCUCAGACCAACAGACCUGCUAGAGCGGAACAAGCGAGGGAGGAGCGAGAGGAGAGAGCGAACGAGGGACAGAGAGCAAAGUACCCCACAGAGCGAGAGCCUGGCGAGGGCAUUGACUCGGAGCACAUCACUCCGUUUGGAUCCACAGACUCUGACAAAACAAAGAGGGCAGGAGAAAGGGGGAAAGGGGAGGAGAGGAAACAAGAGAAUGAGAGACAAGACGAGGUAGAGUCUGUAGUAGAUGGCUGCAUCCCUGGAAAGGAUGCUUCCACCAAGGACAAAAACUCACUCAGCACACAGAGCUCUCUUUCUGACACAGACCACAGUCCCCACCUCACCAGCUCCGCUGGCUCCGACACAGACUACGAGAGCGAGACCCUGUCCAGCCACUCCAAACCCCGAGCCCAGACCACCGGGGCUGAGGGAGACCUACAGAGGGAGAACAGAGAGCUGCGUUCAGAGCUGCAGGAUGUUAAGGAUGAGGCCAGGACCAGGCUCAAGCAGCUCAGCCGCAAACACGCCUCCCAGGCUGAGACCUCCAGAGAGAAGGAGAGGAGGGGGGAGUUAGAGGAGAGAGCAGAGACGGGAGGUUGAAGGAGGCACUGGCUGAACUUGAGAUAAA